AUGGAAGGAUUUAAAGCGAGAGAUAUCGGGCUUAGAGCUCAAAAAAAAAUUCUGAGUCAUAUGGCUUCUAAAAAUGUUGCCAAAGUUUUUAUCGAUGAUACUUCAGCAAAUUUACUCGAUAAUGUGUAUAGACUUGCUAAAAGCUAUCACAUACCUGAAAUUAAAAUGUCAUGUAACAUUUUCAAAUCGCAAAUGAAUGUUUCGAGCAAAAUAAAUAAUCAAUUUACCUCUGAAGAAGUGAAACACGCUGAAAAAUUUAAAAAUAAAUUUCAUCAAGCUGCCAUGGCUGUAAUAAGUUUUUACGAGGUUGAUUUUAGUUAUGAUCGAACAUAUCUUUUAAAACUUAUUAAAGAAUGCCUUUCUUGCCUUCUUCAAUUGGUUCAAAAUCAUUUGACUGGAAAAUCAAUCACUCGAAUCAAUCACGUUUUUGAUUUUUUCUCAAAUCCACAAUUUUUAGAUGCCAUAUUUAAAAAAAAUACAGAGCACUAUGAAAUAUUAGGAAAAAUUGUUGGAGACAUGAACAAAGCAUUGGAUGCUGGAGAAAUGUGA